GAGAGUAGAUUGCCGUCCCCGUGCAGGGUAGGCCACUUUGAAGAAGGUAAGAGGCAUGGCGCUCACUCAAAAGACGGCCAACAAGAUAUUUGGAGGAUGGCAGAAGGUGUUCUCCCACAAGAGCGCGGAGCUGAAGUGUGAAAUGAACGUUGGCGUGUUUUUGCCGGCGCAGAGUGAGGUCGGGAAAUGUCCUGUAAUUUACUGGCUCUCUGGCCUGACUUGCACAGAGCAGAAUUUUGUUACUAAGGCAGGUGCUCAGAGAUAUGCUGCAGAGAAGGGUGUUAUUUUGGUGGCUCCUGAUACAAGUCCACGGGGAUGCAACAUUGAAGGCGAAGAUGAGUCUUGGGACUUCGGAACAGGCGCAGGAUUUUAUGUUGACGCAACUGAAGGAAAAUGGAAGGAGAAUUAUCGCAUGUUCUCAUAUGUCACCAAGGAACUGCGGCAGCUCGUCAAUGAAAACUUCCCAACAAAUGGGAAGCAGAGCGUCAUGGGUCACAGUAUGGGUGGGCAUGGAGCGUUGAUUUGCGCCCUGAAGAACCCUGGCAUGUACUCGUUUGUGUCAGCCUUCUCUCCCAUCUGCAAUCCCAGCCAGUGUCCAUGGGGGCAGAAGGCAUUUGGUGGAUACCUGGGAGAGGACAGAAAGCUCUGGCACGAUUAUGAUGCAACUGAGCUGGUGAAAGACUAUGCUGGACCGCCACUGGAGAUCCUGAUUGAUCAGGGCUCAGAAGAUGGAUUCCUGAAGGAUGGGCAGCUCUUGCCCGACAAUCUGGUAGCCGCAUGCGCCAAGGCCAAAGUGCCGGUUGUGUACCGCCUGCAGCCAGGCUAUGACCACAGCUAUUACUUCAUUGGAUCCUUCAUUGGAGAUCAUAUUGCAGAGCAUGCAAAGGCUCUGCAGUGAGGUGCCAUGAAAACAACCAUGUCACAUUGCUGUUUCAUGCCCUAAGGGCUUUUGAGCUAUGUUAGCCAGUGCUUGUCAGAGGGAAUGUGUUUGGGGCGCUGUACCUGGGGGUUGUUGAUAUACUAACUGUGAUGUGGCACAUCACACAGCAGGAGGAAUUGUAUUCUGAUGCUUCUAAUAAACUGGGUGGAAUACCAA